UUUCAGUUGUGUUUGAGAUACGAGGAUCGUCCAGCUUUUCCGACGAGAAGAAACUCGGGGGAAGUUGCUGUUCCUACUAGCAUUUGUUGAGGAGUGACUUAUUCGCAAUGCCUGAGCCGGCGAAAUCUGCUCCCGCGCCCAAGAAGGGCUCGAAGAAAGCGGUGACCAAGACCCAAAAGAAGGGCGACAAGAAGCGGCGCAAGACCAGGAAGGAGAGCUACUCCAUCUACGUCUACAAGGUGCUGAAGCAGGUCCACCCCGACACUGGUAUCUCCUCCAAGGCCAUGAGCAUCAUGAACUCCUUCGUCAACGACAUCUUCGAGCGCAUCGCGGGGGAGGCGUCCCGCCUGGCCCACUACAACAAGCGCUCCACCAUCACCUCGCGGGAGAUCCAGACGGCCGUGCGCCUCCUGCUGCCCGGCGAACUGGCCAAGCACGCCGUGUCGGAAGGCACCAAGGCCGUCACCAAAUACACCAGCUCCAAGUGAGGCGGCUGCGCUGCGCAGUAAGACGAUCGAGAAACCCAAAAGGCUCUUUUAAGAGCCAUCCCACUUCCUCGUGAAAGAGUUUUAAGUCGCUGCUUUGUUGUGUCCUUGCUAAUUUAAAGCUUACCACUUGGGUCUGUCUCGUUAAUAAAAUGCAAAUAUAGGGCUCUUAAAAAACGUGGAAGAUGCUGUGACUUAGGAGAAGAAAUUUAUAUACUACAGUAUAGGUCGAACUGAUAAAUCAGUGAAGCUGUACAGCACACAUGUUUAAUAACGAUACCUUUUAAAGUAAGAUUACCUUCUGAAUUUAAGUGCAAAUAAAAGUACAAAAGGGUUCAUGGAUUGGCAGGAUGGCUUCCAGAUCUGAUCUUGCAGGUGCUGAGUUUUUGAUAUUUUUUUAAAAUCCUGCCUAUAGCAAUUUUAUAAAUAACUCAAAGCUGUGAAUACACAUAAUACAGUGCUUGACUAAGUGGCCAUGGCACUGAAAAGAGUGACUUAAUGGCUGUUUUUCAAAUUUGGGACCUUUGCCACGUCCUGGUGGUCAUGUGAUCAAAAUUCAAACCCUUGUCAAAUGGCUCAGACAUUAUUUAUGAUGGUUACAAUGUCCUGGGGUCUGGAUCAUUUUUUUUGACCUUCUGACAAGCCAAGUCAAUGGGGAAGCCAGAUUCAGUUAACCGUAUUACUAACUUAACAGUUGCAGUGAUUCACUUAAUUGUGGCAAGAAACAUUAUAAAACAGGGCAAAACUCACUUAACACAGGUCUCCCUUAGCAACAGAAAUAAAUUUUGGGGUCAAUUGUUGUAAAUCAAGGACUACAUUUACUUCUGUUCUCCUAUUUUCAACACAACACUCCUGUAAGGUGGGUUGGGCUGAAAUUGAGUGACUGAUCCAAAGUCACCCAGAUAGAUUUCACUCUUAAAAACAAGAGUAAAACUCAGAUUCCUGGUUUCUAGCCUGAUGCCUUAGCUUCUAGACCAAACUGGAUUUUCUACUCUUGGAUAAGCUGUACUGAGUUGGUGACCUGGAUUCAAUAAAUCUAAAGACUAAGAAAGGGAGAGAUGCCUUCCUCUGUAUUUCAGUUAUUAAAUUUAUUUUAAUGCUCAGGAGCUCACUAUGGUUUGGUUAUGAGCUGCCAAGUCAGUGUUUUCCCUCAUCCAUGUGGAUGAGAGGUCCUGCCUGUUCAAGGCUUCCAACAGUGAACCUCCAUCCAUGGCAUCUUGAGGAAUCUUCUCUCUAACACCAAAGUUCAAAAGCAUUACUAGUCUUUCUACCCUGCUUGUCCAAUUUACAGUAUCACAUGGAAAACCACUACAUGCAAGCUUCUGAUUUUCUAACUAUAGAUGCAUUAUGGGAACUGAGUGUUUUUUUCCCCAAGACCUUCAUUGCUACCUAUCAAAUGCUACCCUGAGGCAUAUUUCUUGAUUACUGGUUCCAUUGCUGUUGACAGACUAUCCUAAAAGGCAGGAGUGAUCUAUUACUCCAGUGUUUCCAUUGUCAGUUCCAAAACUGAUGGCUAAUCUGUUACUAGUUUAGUCUUCUUUUAAUGUAAUCCUAGUCCAAGCAUAUUGCAGCAAUCCAAAUGGGCAGUGAUGGGGAUCAUGAGUUUAUGAUCAAUUCAGGAGAAAAAGUACUUCAUCCAUUUAACUUACAUGCCUCCCCCUAUCUCACCAUAGCAACUUUGGAUGGUUAAUACCGAUAUGAAAUAUAAAACAGAACAAUAUAAAAAACCUAUAACAGCAACAGGAGACAAAAUUCAAUCAACAAUAAAUUAAUAUCUCGCAGGUUUCGACCCAUUUCCUGACCUUCCUACCCAGAUCAACAUCCAGAGCUUUCAAGUUUAAAAAACAAAACAAAAUAAAGGUUCCUUGAAGUAUGUUUCUUUUCCAUUCAUCCCACUGCAUAUAAUUAAUUCAAAUAUAUUUUGGUCUAACAGGCUAGCGGGAAAGUAAAGUGCAAAAAGAAAGUGUUGAUGGGAUGACUGCUAUAGAACUCAUGGAAUCUCUAUUUUGCCAUAGUAUUAAUCUUCAUAUAAAAUGUACUAUGUUGCUAUAUCCUUACAAUUAUAUUGUUUCCUAGUAUAAUUUGAUUGCUUAUCUGUACCCUGUGACUACCAUUAAGUGUUGUACCUUAUGAUUCUUAAUGAACAUAUUUUUUAUGUACACUGAGAGCAUAUGCACCAAAGACAAAUUCCUUGUGUGUCCAAUCACACUUGGCCAAUAAAGAAUUCUAAUCUAA